AUGACCGUGACUGAUCAACGUCACGGGCUUUUUACAUUCGUGGGUCGAGCUCGAGGCUGCUUGCUAGUCUCUGACUUGUCUUCCUCAAGCCACAAUGUCUUUGACACUCAAGCUUUCUUCCCUUGCGAUUCGCACUCUUUCCAAGCCCAUUGCCAACCAAAUCAAGGCUCAGGCUCGCGAACAUGAGCGCUUCCGAAAUAUUUGUGUUUCCAUGGCACAGGCCCUCCACCGAUUCGAUAUGCGCCUUCGCUUAGGAUCCAUUCGCAAUGAUACCGCAAUCCGCAAACAAGCCGAGGCCGCGGCCGAAGCUAAGAAACACGUCCCCACAUCGCCAACAGUCAAAACCGAGGCCGCAACAAAGGCGGAGGAGGAAGCUCUUACAAAAGCCAAAGCUGCAGCGGAGGAAGCGGCAAAGCCCCACCAUUACCGAAUCAGACCCCUGUCCGAAUCGAAAGCUAUUGAGUCCGGCGCCAACUUCAUCAGUGAAUCCUUCCUUUUCCUUGUCGCAGGCGGCUUGAUUGUGUUUGAGUCAUGGCGCUCGCGUCGCAAGGAGAGCAAUCGCAGAGAGGGCGUUGAGGAUCGACUGGCUGAGCUUGAACAAUCAGAGAAAAUGGCCCGGGAAUCUUUGGUAGCUUUGGAGAAGGAACUGCUGGCGCUCAAAGCUAAGCAUGGAGAACUACCCAAGCCGUCACACCGCAUCUUGCCUCGCCAAGUAUGGGAGGUUGCCCCAGAGGUAGAGGAGCCUGAAGCUCCAGAGACAUGGUGGACACGCAUCACAUCCUACAUACCUUUCAGCCAAGGAUCUCAAAGCUCUACCGUGGCCGCUCCUGCAGAGCCAAUGCCAGAAACACAGGACACGAAACGUGCUACCGACAAACCAGCCACGCCAGUGCAAAUCGUUACAUUGAAUGGAAAAUCCUAGGCUAAAACCUAGUGCCUAUGCUGGAUUUUUCCAAACUCACUUAAUACGUCUAGAGCGUUUUGAGCAUUGCUACUUGGCGCUUUUCUUUUCUCUUGAUUCAUCUCUUCAGCUUGGAUACCCUCCGCUCUCCAUCGUCGCCUGGCGCCUUAUACAUAGACAUCUGUCCAUAAGCAGGUUUAUAUAAUUUCAAAUUCAUCCCUUGAACCAUGAUUCUCAGCACUUAUCCUGCAGUACGCAAUGGUGUGGGACCGACUGUAGUUUGGGUUCUUACAA